AUGCAGCUAAACUUAAGCAGAAAUUACUGGAAACACUACUUCUAUUCGAGACUAAUUCUCAUAACUGACUUCUUCCUCUUAUCCUUGUUAGUCCAAGAAUCUUACAGGCUUAUGGAUCACACGUUUGGGCCUGGUUGGCUGUGUUGCUGGACUGAUAUGAGCUGGACUCGUAUCAGUAUCUCUGUUCCAAUUUCCACCGUCUUCCUUUUAUCAUCUUCAUCAGGUCGAUGGUUCUUCUACUUCAUGCAGCCGUCUGGCUGCACGACCGCGACCGUGCCUCCAUUUGAUCGUGUUAUUCUUUCCAGCCUUCUGAUCCUCUUCUCCUUCUUUCUACUGAAACCCAUCGCCGGUGCUAACGACGACUGCUUGGUGGCCUCCUGCGGCGCCCACCAACCAGAAAUACGUUUCCCGUUCCAUAUCCUCGGCCGGCAACCCACCCGCUGCGGAUUCCCCGGUUUCAACCUCUCAUGUGACGAACAAAACCAAACAAUCAUCCGACUUCCGUCAUCCCGCUCAUACAUCGUCAAUAGAAUUUCCUACGUUUCACAGGUGAUCUACAUAGAUCCGGAAUAUCUCCUGUUUCCAAAUCUGAGUCUCCGAAUUCAUCUGCAUGAACAUCAACUAUCUCUGAUUCCAAGUUGA